CAAAACGCCAGUAGAAGCAGAGGGAUUGUGACGUCAGGGGGUUGACUGACCAAUCGGGAGGCGCUGCCCUUUUGGAGACAAACCAUUCGACUUGUGGCGUCUGCAUGAAGUCUAAAAGCAGAAGCUGAACUUUAACAGAAUCCACCUUAAAUCUCUGCCUUAACUGCACAAGCCAAAACAAGUAACGAAUUAGGGAAAGGGAAGGGGGGAAGAAUAAAGCUCCAGAGAGAGGAGGGUAAAACCCACACAGGGCUCCAUUUCCCCCUGUAUUGUAAGGCCCUCUCACUCUGUGCAGGGAGAGGGGGAUUACCUUAAGUAUAGGGUAGGUGGCCUCAGAGGGGUGGGUGGGGAGGGGGGUUGAUUGCUCUCAAUCAGAAAGUUUGAUGAUGACCAUGACUACGAUGGCUGACGGCUUGGAAGCUCAGGACUCCUCCAAGUCUGCCUUUAUGGAGUUUGGUCAGCAGUCCCACUCCCAGCAGAGCUCCCCGGCCAUGGCAGCCAGUCACUACCCUCUGCACUGCUUGCACUCCGGCUCCCACCCUCACCACCACCACCACCACCACCAGGCGCACCAGCAGCACGACAGCUCGUCCUACACCGGCAGCAACUCGUACAACCGCUCGCUGGCCGCCUACCCUUACAUGGGCCACUCUCAGCACAGCCCCUACCUGCAGUCCUACAGCAGCAGCAGCAGCAGUACGGCCACCCAGACCCGAACCGAGGAGCCAGGUGAGGCCACCACUAGCUCCCUCUGACAGCCUGUGGGCAUUAGCCCUAACCCCCUGCCAGCACAUGGGCUACUAGCCCUGCUCCUUGCCAGCCUGUGGGUACAGAGUGCAUGGCAUGGGGGGCGACAGCAUUUACCCUGGACAGCUUGCUGCACACAUACCAUUAUAUUAUUAUUAUUAUUAUUAUUAUUAUUAUUAUAUUAUUAUUAUAUUGUGUGUUUUUUUUAUUUGUACUAGAAGUGGUAGCGAUAUAUUUUUUUAGAUUUUAUUUUGGCCAUUUAAUAUUUGAUCCAGUAUUAUUUCAUUUAUUUAUUAUUAUUAUUAUGAUGAUGAUUAUUAUUUUAGUGUGUGUCAAAUAUGUUGGAAUUGUGCAGAAACGCGCCGUAUUUCUUUACAGAUCUUUUUAGAAAAAAAACAAAAAAACAACAAAACAAAAACAAAUUAACACUUGACAGGGUUUUGUUCAUAAUCGAGAUAUUUACAUCUAAGCAUACAUUUUUGCAUUUUUAUUCUUUAGUUUUUCCUUGUUGUUAUUAUUAUAUAUAAUAUUAUAUAAAAUAUAUACUUUUUUUUAAUAGUUAUUAUUUUUUACUUGGCUUAUUUUAUUUUUAACCAGAUAUGGUAUUUGAUUUACAAGAAUUAUUCCAGCUUCACUGACUUUUUAUCCAUUAUGUUAAAUUUUUCAAUGGAGAAUGGUUAUUGUUAUACAUUUCAGCUUUCAUUUUAGCAAGUAAAUAAUGUAUUUAGCUACCAGUUCACCUAUGUGUAAUUCUGUAUGUAACUAUUCAACAAUUUAGUAUUAAUAAUUAAAAAAAAAUUCAAGAUGUAAACCAGUUCGUAUGCAAUCACUCCCUCCCCACCCCCCAACAAAAAAAAAAACCAAAAAACAGGUUUAGCAAAUUGCUGUUGCAUCUUGAUAAGUGUGUACAGAAUCUGAUCUAAUUUAAAAAUAAAUCUUAAAUCAUGAGAGGUUUUUAUUAAAAAAGAUAAGGCCAAAUGUCCCUUAAUCUUCUGUCUGCCACUAAUCUGUGACAAUUUGCCUACGUGUGCUAGAUGGUACAUUUUGUAAGGCAACUUCCUCUUUGUAUUGCUAGAUAGCCAAUGUAUUUCUAACACAUUAAUCCCACUGCCACAGAUAUUUAAAAUAAUUAUAGGUUUUAUUUUCUUCUUGAAAUUAACGUUAUUAUAUUGGUUAUUUCUAUAUUAAGAGAUCAAGUAUUUUGUUUAUUAACAUAUGUUCUAUUUAAUGUUGGGGCAUUUAUUUUAUAGCCAUACUGUAUUUAGUAGCAAGUGGAUAUUUGUGUAUAUACCUGAUUUCCCAGUUUAACUGUUUCUUGUUCCACUCUGCCUAACAUGCUAUUGUCUGGAUGGUGCCAAAGACAGGAUUUAGAAUAGCUGGGAAUAUAACGAAAUAAAGGCAGCUCCCUCUCCUGUUUUGCAUUCCCAUUAGACACAAAUAUUAAAUGUCCUAAAGCAUGGUUUUCGUUUAAAACCGUAUUAUGCACAUUUACAGCUCAAACCAUUUACACACCAAUGCCAGGUUAAUGUAUCUCCCAUCUAUUGUGAUACAUGGGCCUCUGAAGGUUCUAAUCUAAUAGGUUUAUAAUUUUGUCAACAAGUGGCUUACAUGCUAAUAAAUAAUGAGUGAUGUGUUCUCAGGUUUUGGAUACAUUCAUUUCUCUUGAUCACAAAUUAAAGCAUCAUAAUUAAUUACCAUCUCAAAAAUAGUUAUAGAUCAUACGAAUCCACUGACUUAUUAUAUUUUAAGGUUGGUUCGUGUUGUUUUAUGUGCAAUUAAGCACCUGUCUUAUUUUAAUUCUAUUGUCUGAAAGCAUAUAUUUGUUCUGGCUUUUAAAAAUUGUUUAUAGGCCUGGUUAAUACAUAAUAAAUAAAUGUCGAUAUGAUGACAAACCAAACACUGAUAUGUUUCUAAAUUGCUAUAAAUUAGCUGUAAUUUAUAUUUAUUUAUUUAUUUAACUGGUUGAUUUUCCAUUUUAAGGAAUGCUUUCUCCACUUUUUGCAACCAUGAUGGCAAAAUGAUUUGAUUCGAUGAUAUAUAUGUUAAAAUGACACGAACUCAAAUCAUCAAUUGUUCACCCACUAUGCAGUAAAUUGGUUAUAUAAAGUCAAUUAGCCGUGUAAGAUUUUGGUUGCUGAGCAGAUUGUCAGCAGUUUAUGAAAAAUACAAAAAACAAUGACACGAUAUACCUGCAUUAAAUGAAAGCAUUUUGCAAUAAUUAAUUCCCAACACUAACAUUCUAAAACAUACAUACACAGACAUUCACUGUUCAGACUGAAAUACCAUUGCAAUAAUUAAUUCCUAGCAUUAAAGAUCUAAAACACACACACUCAUAAACAGACACACACUUAUUUAGUCUGAAAUACAUGUGCAAUAAUUAAUCUCUAUAUUUAAUAUCCUAAAGCACAUACACACAAAAACACACACACUAUUUAGACUGAAAUACUUGUGCAAUAAUUAAUUCCUAAAUUUAAUAUUCUAAAACACAUACACACACACACACACACACACACUAUUUAGACUGAAAUACCUGUGCAAUAAUUAAUUCCUAAAUUUAAAAUGCUAAAACACACACACAAACACACACACACAACAUACACUCACUAUUUAGUCUGAAAUACCUUGUCAAUAUUUGACUAAUAUACAUAUAACUGAGCUAUUACAAUGCAUUUUGUUGCCUCUCCAGUAUGCAUGCAUAUACAUUUUUAUUAGCAAAAGUGUAACUAAUUUAUUAUUAUUGUUUUGUACAGAUCAGCAAAAAACGACAGUUAUAGAAAAUGGUGAAAUCAGGUUUAAUGGCAAAGGAAAAAAGAUAAGGAAGCCAAGGACUAUCUAUUCCAGCCUCCAGCUGCAGGCUUUAAAUCAUCGAUUUCAGCAAACCCAGUACCUAGCACUUCCGGAGAGAGCAGAGUUGGCCGCAUCGUUGGGAUUAACACAGACACAGGUAAUUAAUUUCAGCCUGAAGCCACCAAGAGCCCCAAAAACCCCAAUUUGGUGUCCCCAGUGUAAAGUAUUUCAGCAAAGCUUUAUCAGGAAUCUUGCUUCAGGGCUAGGCUGCCCUAUAGGGGUAUGUGAGAGACAGGAGUGCCAAUCUCACUACAGCAAAGUUAUAUGCCAUAUAUUCAGUAAGGCUCCUAACUCUCCACAAUAGAAAGGCUUUGAUCCUGCUUUGCUAUUAAAAUAAUAAUAAAACUGUACAGCCAGGCCCCAAAAAAGACUGAUGGGUAAACAAAAAACAAAAACAAAAAAACAGAAUAAAAAAACAAGUAUGCAUGAAAAAAAACACCAUUUCACAGAAAAUACCAAUAAAAAAAGGGAAUUAUGUAAAUCAGUUGGUAAACAUCAGAUAUUGAGAGUCACGUGAUACUCGUGGCUUCAGCAAGGCCAAACACACAAUGGAGCUAACUGCAAAACAGAACAGAAUGCUGGGAGUGCAAAUAAAUUAGCAUAUUUGUAGCCCUGUACAGCUAAAGGGGUGUAAACACCUGCCUCGUGCACAAGGGGUUAAGGCAUUUAACACUCCUAAUUCUUUUAGUCACAGAUCAAUGCACUCCAAGUGAGGUAGGCCCUUUCACCUGAAUUCAGAAACUCGGAAAAAAAAAAAAAAUAAUAAUACAAAAUGAAGUUCAGUUUACACACAAAACACAUAAUGCAACAUGUUGAUUUUAUAUUCACAAAACUAUAUCUGUGUACAAGCCACCAGCCUCGGUGUAGACUGAUAUAGGCUAAAACAUUGGGGUCAAACAUAGAUUAAUAUGGGCAAAAAGCUGGCCUCAUCAGGAAAUAAAAUCAGAAAAAAAACUGUGCAUUUACUGGAGAGACCUGUCCUUAAUCUGACUUCAAAAUGUAUGUUUCUGUGAUUCAUUUUUUGUGCUAUUACAGUAUUUAAAAUAGAGAUUUCUAGGUAGAUGUAGAUCCCUCCAGUGUAAUCCUAUCGUGUAACUGGUUAAUUCGGCUAGAGAUAGACAGACCGACAGACAUUCGAUGGAUACACAGACAGACAUUAUUUGGGGCAAAUAUCGAAUUUGAUAAAUUAUAGAUUUUAGCUUUUUUUUUUUUUUCAAAUAGAUAGUGCACCCUCUAUAUUCACUGCCUGACUAUUAUAGACUGAAUUAAGUAAUGCAAUAAACCAUAGGUUUGUGUGUUUAUUUGUGGAAAGUGUUCUUUAAAAAAAAUAAAAAAAUUAAAUCAAGCAAACUGUUUAAUAAAAAUAAUUUAAAAACUUCAUCAAGAAAGUGCAGUGAAUGAAAAACUAGAUUAAAUACUGAUCUGACAUUACAUGUUCAUGGUGGUAGCCCCUCUCCCAUCAAUGUGUUUACAAGGUGAAUGAUAGAGCAGUCUGUAGACCUUGUUACAGUAUACAAGAGAUGCAAUCACAUUUUUUUCUAGCCUUACAUCGAUACAAAUUGCUCACUAGUUACCUGAAGCCUGAGGCAAGGGAAUAUUUUGUUUCAUUGUGUAUAUAUUUGUGUUGGUGUGCAUUGUAUUUAUUUUACUGACAUUUCAAUGCAUGACUGAUUCACAUAAACACCUUUCUUCAUAAAUAAUUACAAUCAUCAUAUUUACUAGCCCGCAAUCAAUAUUCACUAGCCCAAGGAAUACAGCAACUAAUAGCAACAUACAAAGGGGUUUAUUCACUAAACAGUAACUUGUGGUGAGAGGACUACCGACUUGCAAAAAGGGGCGACUGGAUUUAAAAAAAAAAAAAAGUAACUUCAUUUUCAGUUAGUUCGAGGUUAUUUUGUAACUGUUCUGGCCUACAAAUUGCAAGCAGACUUUCCAAAAAUCUCUCCUCGUGCCUGUUUUAUGAGCUGAUACCACACCGUGUAGUUUAUUGAUAUUAAUAAAAUAAACGAGCAAAAAAAGCCUAUUGAUAGGAUAAAAUUAAGUAAGCUCAUUGAGCAGGGUCCUCCACCUCUCUAUUCCUGUACAUCCAGUUGUCUGGUUACAAUUACAUGUCUGUUAGUCAGCGCUACGGAAUAUGAUGGCGCUAUAUAAAUAAUAAAUUAAUAUUAAAGAUAAUAAUUUAGUAUUUGGGGUUUUUGUGUGUGUGUGUGUGUUUGUUUUAAUUAAUCUUAUUGUUUUAUUAUAUAUUAUAUUUAUUUUAGUACAUAUUCUAGCUGUCCCUCUACUAAGUGCCAGAAGGCUAACGUGCAGUUGACAGUCACCGUGGCAACGAAAGGGUUAAUGAUAAUCUACAUAUUGUCCUUUUUAAAAAAAAAAAAAAUUACCUGAAUAAUUAAGAGUACCUCUUUAAUUAGCUUGCUCUGGGAAGCCUGUUGCAGAUUUUAUUUAUUUUUAAAACACUGAACUCCAUUUUUUUUCUCUUGUUGCAGGUGAAGAUUUGGUUCCAAAAUAAAAGGUCCAAGUACAAGAAGCUGUUGAAACAAGGCGGUAAUCCACAUGAAAGUGACCCUUUACCAGGGACAGCUGCCCUUUCUCCUCGAUCUCCAGCAAUUCCUCCUGUCUGGGACGUUUCAGGAUCUGCCAAGGGUGUUAAUAUGCCCCCAAACAGCUAUAUGCCUGGUUACUCUCAUUGGUAUUCAUCCCCACACCAAGACACAAUGCAGAGAUCACAGAUGAUGUGAAACUCCCAAAUGCAUUGCUUAUUAUUAAUAUUAUUUUUUAUUGUGGAUGACUGUAGUGGAUACAGUACCUUGACUACCGGUCAUGCCAAAUGGGUGAACUUAGAAUUGUGGUACAGAGUCCACGCUUUUUCAGAAACCUCAGUGAUAUGACUUGAAUUUUCAUUGACCUUCAUACUGGCGCACAUAAUACACCUCUAUUUUGGAAGCUCUCUCCUGGGCUCAAAAGCAAAAAAAAAGAAGCAAAAAUCAAACACAAAGCAAAUUAAAACAGAAACAAAAACAAAUAAUAAAAUGACAUAAAAUUCUUUGGAAUGAUGGUGUGGAAUGCGGUGAAACUUUCCAUGCAAAGUCUCAGCCUGUGAUGCUCAGCAAUAUGCCAAGAUCAUGGAGUCCCAAGGAAACCAUGGCCACAGGCUAAAGGAUUGAACUGAAGGAGGAUAUUUAUAAUAUGUUGCUUUUUGGAGGAAAGAGGUGCAUGUCUGAUCAAAUGAAUGGUAGGAGGUAAAAAUGAAACCACUGUUUUCUACAUAGACUGUGAAAAGGAGAAAAUGGGGCACACGACUGCCUGGUGACAUUCAUUUGAAAUGCUUUAGGGACUUUAUAAUAAAAUGAAAUGUAUGUAUAUAUUGUUGAAUUUUAGUUGUAUAUACUUUGUAUGUUAUUGUCUUUCAUAAAUGGAAAAAAAUUCAAGCAUUCCUCAAA